UCCGACUGUUUCGGCCCGUGGCCAUCGGAGAGCUGGACAAAGAGGGGAGCCGGACAAAGCCACUUGCGCCGGACACCCCGGCACCAACAUGGAAAGAUGGACGCUGAGCCUCAUCCUGCUUGGGGUUUUUGCCCUGUCAGGUACCCUUGGGAUGAACAUGGAAGAAAAACUGAUGAAAUACCUCUUCGAGGAGAAAGGCUACAACAAGAACCUGCGGCCGGUGGUUUCCAAAGAUGAGACAGUAACGGUCUACCUGGCCCUGACGCUCUCCAACCUGAUAUCCCUGAAAGAAGCUGACGAAACUCUCACCACCAAUGUUUGGAUUGAUCAUGGAUGGACAGACUACAGGCUGCAGUGGAACAAGUCUGAAUUUGGUGGCAUUUGGGUCCUCCGUCUCCGGCCGGAAAUGUUGUGGCUGCCUCAGAUUGUCUUGGAGAACAACAACGACGGAAAUUUUGAGAUCACGUACAACGCCAACAUCCUGUUGUACAGCAGCGGCUGGGUCUACUGGCUGCCGCCCGCCAUCUUCCGCAGCGCCUGCCCCAUCAACGUCAACUUCUUCCCGUUUGACUGGCAGAACUGCACGCUGAAGUUCACGUCGCUGAUGUACAACGCCAACGAGAUCGACAUGCAGGUCAAGAUAGACGAGGAGGUGCCAAAGGAAAAUGGCGGUCCCAAGAAGAAGUUUCUGGUGGAAUGGAUCGUCAUUGAACCGGCAGCCUUCACCGAGAAUGGCGAAUGGGAGAUCAUUCACAGACCAGCCCGGAAAAACGUUGACCCCAGCGUCCCUCGUGAAAGUAACAAGUACCAAGACAUCACCUUCUACCUCAUCAUCAAGCGCAAGCCCCUCUUCUACAUCAUCAACAUCAUCACCCCCUGCAUCCUCAUCGCCUUCAUGACCAUCCUGGUCUUCUACCUGCCAGCUGACUGUGGAGAGAAGGUGACUCUGGUGAUCUCCAUCCUGCUGGCUCAGUCUGUCUUCCUGCUCCUGAUCUCCCAGCGCCUGCCAGCCACUUCCUUUGCUAUCCCACUCAUUGGCAAGUACCUGCUCUUUGUUAUGCUGCUGGUCACCGCCGUGGUGGUCCUCUGCGUGGUGGAGCUCAACAUCCACUUCCGCACCCCCAGCACCCACAUCCUGUCCAGCUGGACCAAAGAGCUCUUCCUCGAAACUCUGCCUCGCCUCCUGCACAUGUCCAGGCCAGCUGUGAGCGAUCCUGACCCCCAGGAGGGGCUGCUGAUCCGGCGCAGCAGUUCCGUCGGCUACAUCGUCAAGGCUGAAGAGUAUUUCACCAUCAAGUCCCGGAGCGAACUCAUGUUUGAGAAGCAGUCCGAGAGACAUGGUUUGGCCAGCCGGGUCACACCUGCGAGGCCAAACCUCCAUGGCAUGGAUGGCAGGGAUGAACAGCUCUACAAUGAGAUCAAGCCAGCCAUCACAGGGGCCAACUACAUUGUGAAGCACAUGCGGGACAAGAAUGACUAUAAUGAGGAGAAAGACAACUGGAACCUCAUUGCUGCCACAGUGGACCACCUUGGUUUACUUUUGGUCACGCCAAUUCUGACCCUCGGCACCUUAUGGAUUUUCUUGAUGGGGUACUACAACCACCCUCCUCCCUUGCCUUUUGAAGGUGAUGCUUUUGACUACCGUGAAGAAAACAAGCACUAUGUCCAAGAGUCAAACUAGAUGACGUAUUUAGCAUCUUUCGAGAAGAAGUGCUUCCCCCACUGUUGAAAUACUGUACAGCCAUUGGUCAUAGCACAUGAUUUUCUCAACGGUGUAUCUUGUAUUUAGCGUGCUCUGUUUUGUAAUUGGUCGAUGGAAGGUAAACCUGGGCUUAAUUUGCCAGUCGGAUUGCUGAGAAAUCUUCUGGCUGAGGAAAUCAUGUUAUAGGAGAGAAAACUGGUUAAUAUGAGGGUUAUAUCCAUUCCCCUUAAGAUCUAGAAGAUGAGAUCUCUGGCUCAUGGCCUCAGUCAUCAGCUCUCUCACACAUGUUUGAGGGUUACAACCUUCUUUCUGAUUUUCUUCCUUAAUCACAGAAAUGGAUUCAGCCAUGCCAUUGUUCAGUGUCAUGUUUUUAAAAAUCCUACAUAUUUGCACCCUGUUGGGAGAGAGUUAAGAGUACUAGAUAGUUAGUUGUUGAUGCCAUCACUGCUUCUUCUGAGGACUCACAAGUAUUAGCUGAUCACAUUCAUUGAAGGGUUUUUAAAUAAGGAUGUUCUCUUCUGUGGCCAUAAGGCAGAGAAGGACAGGUUCUUCGCUAGGGCAAGAGCUGACAAGAAACCAGGAAAAUGGCAUUGAUUUAUUUUUUUGCAUAAUCUAGGGACUGUUUAGUAAGAUGCUUGAGGAUGGUUGGUUUUGUUUCACUGCUGCGUUGUCUGCUCACAAAUGCUUGUCCAUGUUUUGUUUCAUUAAGUUGUACCCGCGGGAGA